AAGUGAAACAAGAAGUUCCAGAAUGCGGGGUCCUAGGCCUGGGCUGGAGAGCGCUGACGGGCACAGAGCCAGGGCCAGGGGCUCAGGCUGCAUACAGGCUCAGGUUCAGAGCCUACCGGCUGUGGCUGGUGGGGGUGCCCACCGUGUAUCUCAACAUGGGCCUGGAGCUCUAUCUGGACCUGCUCUCAGCAGCCUGCCGUGCUGUCUACAUCUUCGCUAGGAAGAACAGCAUCCCCUUUGACUUUCAGUUUGUGGAUUUGCUAAAAGGUCACCACCACAGCAAGGAAUACAUAGAGAUCAACCCCCUGAAGAAGCUACCCAGCCUCAAAGAAGGAAAGUUUGUCUUAUCUGAAAGCGUGGCCAUCCUUUUCUACCUGUGCCGCAAGUACAGCACACCCUCACACUGGUACCCACCAGACUUGCACACACGUGCCCGUGUGGAUGAGUUCUUGGCCUGGCAGCACACUGCCAUUCAGAUGCCCAUGAGCAAGGUUCUCUGGAUCAAGAUGCUGAUCCCAAUGAUCACUGGUGAGGAGGUUCCAGCUGAGAAGGCAGAGCAGAUGCUGGCAGAGGUGAAGAACAGCAUGCAGCUCUUUGAGGAGAAGUUUCUGCAAGACAAGAUGUUCAUCACUGGGAACCACAUCUCACUGGCUGAUGUGGUGGCGCUGGUGGAGAUGAUGCAGCCCAUGGGAGGCAACUAUAAUGUCUUCCUCAAUAGCCCCAAGAUAGCUGAGUGGCGCAUGAGGGUGGAGCUGGCCAUUGGCUCUAACCUCUUCUGGGAGGCCCAUGACCGGCUGAUGAAGUUGGCUGAGUGGGACUGUUCAACAUUGGAUCCAAUGGUCAAGGAGAGGAUCUGUGAGUUGCUGCAGAAGUUCAUGUAGAAGCAGCCCAUCCUGCAGGGCCUGGCUGGCUCAGCCCUUUGAGUUGAUCUUUCCUUAGGGGAAAUGUUGAAAACAACUCCAUUUCUUGGCAUAAUAAAGUGCUGUAACAACCA